AUGGACGACGCUGAUUCCCAAAGCCUGCUGAGAUUCGUGCUCGGAUUCUUCUCUCGAAGGAACCCAGAAAGUCCGGUACAUCCGGCAUCACUAAGUUCACGGAAACGCGAAGCCUGGCUGCGGGUAGAUUCAUUUAUACAGCGCGAUGAAAUCUACAAAGCUGACCGGGAUAGCGUUGCGAGAACUCUGCGCGCUUUUGAAACCAUGGUUGAAGACAUUGCUGGUCUUGAAUUAGAUUCUCCGUAUCCAAAGCUGCAGGCAACGCGCCGCAUGAUAGAGGAGCAUUCGAAUCACGAUCGGGAUGCAAACCUAGGAACUGCCAUCUCCGGAAGCAAACGCAAACGAGAAAUCGACGAUGUCAUUCAGCAACUUUCUCAUUUGAACAAAGAGCCAAAGAAACUCAUCACAGACAGCGGGGCCAACAUAAAGUCUAAAAGCGAAGGCUAUCGCAAUGCGCUACAUUCAGCUUUAUAUGAAAGGUACCAGGAAGACGUAGAACACCCAGUCGAUAAAGGAGUCGACGUCAAUGCUCAGCACGAAAAAUACAGCAUCGCUCUGCAAAUAGCUUCAUAUAAAGGGCACCAGGAAGACGUUCAAUCCUUUAUCGACAGCGGAGCCGAUGUCAAUGCUCAAGAUGAAGAGCACGGCAAUGCUCUUUAUGCUGCUUCAUAUCAAGGACACCAGGAAAUCGUUCAGAUCCUCAUCGAUAGCGGGGCCAACGUCAAUGCUCAGCACGAAAGAUACGGCAGCGCUCUGCAGGCAGCUUCAUAUAAAGGACACCAGGAAAUCGUACAAAUAUUAAUCGACAACGGCGCCGAAGUCAACGCCGAUCAUCCAAAUAUACCGUUCAGCAUUCCCAACCUAACUGGAGCGCCUUCCCAGGCAACAUUCCGCGAUUCCGCUCUUGGAACGUCGAUCGCUCAUGAGAGCUCAAAACAUUCGAUCGAUCAUAAGAUUGAUACGUCUACUCAUGAUAUGGCCACGGUGGAAGAAGUUGACGACAGGCUCGAACUUGACACAAUCUACACGCAAAGAUCAAACGACUCUAUCGGACAGAAGGUCUAUGAGUACAAGACUGAUCUGACGGCCAGAUUGCACCACGAACUAUUACUUUGUGCUGCUGAUCAAGAAGAUAUUGCCAGAAUUUCAGGAUCCUUACCUCAACUCCUCCAGUUCUUCGCUUUCAAAAUCGCCAAAGAGGGGGAGGGCAGGGAAUACCAAGACACCAAACGAUUCAUGCUUAAGCAUCGAAGGUCUAUUGCCGAGCAACUGUCUGCUAAAGCUAAAGAGUCUCAUACAGUUUCAGAGUCUACGAGGGCACUGUUGCCAUUGGAUGCCAAUUCGAAAGAUUUCUCACAAAAGUCGGACUCGGUCAUUGAAGUAGCGGAAGAAGUUGGGCCAGAAUUUCGAAAGUUGCCAUCAAUGUCAUAUACUGACGAGGUGAAAGCUUGGAUUUCCCAAGUGCGACACGGAGCUAAUCCAGAAAUACCGCUCGAAUCUGACCAUGAAGACGUCGAUUCAGAGCUCGCUUUCCUGGACGGGAUCGAAGACUUGGAAGAUCAAUUUUGGGAAACAAAAGGGGACGAGUUCUCGAAGUUGGUAACCGAAUCGCGUGCUUACCAAUGGCUGCUUGAAAAGCUAAGGAAUGAACUUGAGCUGGGGAUUCCUACCGAGUCAUCAACUCCAAGACUGUCGGAACUGGUUUUCAGAGCACUAAACGAGGGACAAAAAUCCAGCAGGGAAUCCACUCCUCGACGCAUUGAUGCCGUCUUUGAUGCGGAGUGGUCUCCGCACUCCUUCUUCAAGGAGCAGGAAUACGGCGUUCCGCCGGAUGAAGCUGUUGUAAAGGCAUUGAUCUUAGUUGGCACCAUCACACAAGCAGAAGGAAUGGCUUGUGGAGACUACCUUCUAAGGCAAUGGCCAGAGUCUGCACCAAGUUUUAUACGGUUGGUGAAAUCAGUGGUCAGGUCAGCAGAAGGCACAUCACACAAUGAAACGCUCAGCGACAAUACCAAGCUUUCAGCCUUAGUCAAGGAUGGCCGCUUAUUACUAAAAGCUUACGGACAUCCCGAUUCGGUUGUUGAGAUUGGCGAGCAACUCAUGUGGAUCAGCUGUGCUCUUCGGUCCUCGAACUUCAGCGAGGUGGGUACUUGUCAGCCUUCUGUCGGCACGAUUUCAACCACAAACCGUUCAGAUUCAUGUGUUACAAUGCACAUCGAACUCACGGCUACACCCAAGCUUGCUAGAUUACGGGGAUCUGAGAGUGGCGCUUGCUGGCAAGGGUUAUUUCAAAACCCAUUAGUAGUAGAAUGUUACCCUAUUGCUCUCCGGUGUUCUGGGUUAGCAAUGGGACUACAGCUAUCACUAAACACUCUGAUGGCCCUGGUACAAGAUUCCAGGCUUGUGUCGUACAUGGGAAAACUGUUCAUCAAAACAUUCUCGACCCUACUGGUGGCUGUCAAGAUAGUGGACAACGUCAUUCUAUGGCAUGUUAUUUCGAACAAAGAUAACAGCUAUAUUUACUAUCACGAUCAGCGAGUCGAUAUGCUUGGAAUUGAGGUAGCCUCUUCCAUCUUGCAGCAAGUCGAUAUAGCUGAGAUGAAACACGUGGUUGGUUGGACGCCGAACGCAGACAACCUAGCAGGCACACAAGGCGGGCAAUAUCAGAUCCGUCUAUCAGGGCUGGCACAUAGCCGGCCCCUGGAGAUUGAGCUCGAAAAGCUAACUAUCGGAUUCUCCAAAGUCUUUGCUGGGAACGUUUCCGUGAAGUUUGGAUGGAGAGAUAGACCUGUUCAUGCACGUGAUGAAGGUGAUGGGAAACUGAAUAUCAAGCACAUCUCGAAACACUUCGUAGUCCUCUACGAUGUUGAAGACCACAGAGGGUUCCUUCUAGAUGGUGCGACAGCUCUCCUUCACCUGGUGCGGGCCUCAAUAAUCGAGGACCAAGAAAUUGGUCUCAUUGACAGCCUACACGAUGGCCAAACGAUAAACGACUCUAUACAACUUGACAAUGAUCCUGACCCGAAGCGACGUGCUAUGAAAACUCUGUGGAAAGACGACAACGCUUGCCUCAAACUAUACAAGCGUCUCAUUACAGGAGAUACCAAAACUGAAACAAAAACAGUAUUUCAAGUUCCCUCAAACCCACAAAACACAACACAAGAGAUCUACAGCCAAGAGGAACGCUGGGUGUUCUUCAAAGACAGAGUAUAUGAUAUCUGGUGGAUGCUCGAUCAGGCUAUCAACAUCCAGACCGACGAUACGGCGCUCAAGGCAAGUAUGAAAAGUUUUAUGGGCAACACCAAGCUCGAAGGGUACGAGUUCCAGGAUCUUGCUUCUUCCAAAAAAGCAGAUUUACAAUUUGCCACUCCUGAGUCCCACAGCCAAGGCUGGCUUGAUCUUGUGCGAAGAUUACGAGCUGUUACACUUUUCGGCCGUGGAUUCGGCGAGAUCAUUCAACACAAUGACUGCGACGCUCAAACUCAUCCAAUGUGUCCGGGCUGGAGAUCCGUGCCAACAGAUCGCGGAUAUCUGGUUGUAACUAGCGCAACCCUGAAGAGUGUACUUGAGCGCGACGGCUCAGACCUGUGGCUGCUACAGAACCCAUUCGAGCCAUGCAAGCCCAAGGUCCAAAUGUGCGAUCGGAAGCACUUCAUGAUCGCUAACCAGAACCAAAAAGCACAAACACGAAGGCUUGAGUUUCCAGAACGUGGAGCGGUUGUUAUUGGCCAUGAAGCAUCUCCUGUGUCAAGGUUCAUAAAAUCCAUGAGUACACGACAGGUGCACGACAACGACAAGGCAAGUUUUACGACUGGGGCCAGCACAGAUUCUCAACGCUUGCAAGAUUCUCGAUCGGAGGAUACAUCUCGAGAAGCCGCAUCAUCAGCAGCAGCCAGAAACAGUGAUAUUGUAACAAGCGCAACAUCAUAUACUACUGUAGACACACCACAGGACGGUCCUGAGAGGUUGCUUGUUGGGAAACUUCAGCACCCGAAUGAACAUCUGGCGAUAUCUAAUAUCGCCAAUGCCAAGCUGGUCACGCCUCUUGAGCCAGAUGUAGAAGCGGAGCAAGCCAAGAAGUCUCAGUCUACGCAUUUUACAAAUUCGAAUGCAGGCAUCAUUAUUCCAGACUUCAACCAGGAGGGAGCUCAGAUUCCUGACUUGCCCGUACCGGAGAACACUGAGAGCGGAACGCGGAGAUCUGGUACAGUUGUGGUAGCAGGCGUCCCGUCAGGUACUCUCCAACCACUGCCAAACCCGAAGAGCAGUGAGAUGGCCUCACAUGGCCGAAAGCAGUCAGUUCAUGGAAGGUUCAGGCAAAUGGUUAAAUUUCUACCGUUUCGAUCUUCGAAGCGCAAAGACAAAUGA